GAUGCCCCGGGGCCGGCGGGCGGCUCCCCGCGCCCCGGCCGCCGGGCCUUAGUGCUGGCCGAGCAGGCGGUGCGCGCGGGGCGGGCAGGGGCCGGCGGGGCCCGCGCCGUCAUGCCGUGGCUGAGCGGGGGCCGGCGGCGGCGGCGGCGGGGCCGGUCGCGCGAGGCGCCCCGGGACGCGCCGCCGCCCCCCGCCACCUCCCCGCGGGAGCCGCCGCCGCCGCCCGCCCCGGCCGCCGCGCCCCCCGCGCCCCCCGCGCCCCCCGCGCCGCCGCGGGCCCGGGACAGCGCCGAGCUGCCGCUGCCGGCCGGCUGGGAGGAGGCGCGCGACUACGACGGCCGCGUCUUCUACAUCGACCACAACACGCGCCAGACGUCGUGGAUCGACCCACGCGAUCGAAUAACGAAGCCUUUGACCUUUGCCGAUUGUGUUGGGGACGAACUUCCUUUAGGAUGGGAAACUGUAUACGAUAAACAAAUUGGAAUUUAUUACAUGGACCACAUAAAUAAGCUCACGCAGAUCGAGGACCCCCGGGAACAGUGGCGGCGAGAGCAGGAGCGGAUGCUGAAGGAGUACCUGAUCGUGGCCCAGGAGGCGCUCAGUGCCAAGAAGGAGAUCUACCAGAUUAAGCAGCAGCGCUUUGCGCUCGCUCAGGAGCAGUACCAACAGCUGCACCAGCUGUGCGAGGAUGACAGCCGCUCCUAUGCCAGCUCCUUUUCUGGAUACUCGGCAAACACGAAGUAUGACCCUCACCAAAUCAAGGCGGAAAUUGCGAGUCGUCGGGAUCGGCUUUCCAGAUUAAAGCGGGAACUGACCCAGAUGAAGCAGGAACUUCAGUACAAAGAAAAGGGGGUGGAGACUCUGCAAGAAAUUGAUCGGAAGAUGUCAAAUGCUCACACCAACUACAAAGUGGAUGAGGCUCAGGCCAUCAUGAAUGAACUCCGGACCAUCAAGAAGGCGAUCUGGACAGGCGAGAAGGAGAGGCGGGACCUGAUGCAGAGCCUGGCCAAGCUCACCGAUGGCUUCAAGAGCAGCUGCUCCCUCAGCGAGCCCCCUCAGGAGUGGCCCCAGGGGGCCAGUGGGCCUGGCGAGUCUUUCCCUCAACAGUUCUGCGAUGCGGGCUCUCAGACGGACAUUAUCGGCGAGUUCAUCUUCGAUGAUAAAACGAGACUGGUGGACCGAGUCCGGCUUAACUGGCAGUAUGAGGAGGCCCGGAAGAGGGUCUGCAGCAUCCAGCAGCAGCUGGCGCAGCUGGAGAGCGAGUCGUGGCCGGGCCUGGCCGAGGCCGACCGAGAGCGGCAGCAGCUGGUGAAGGAGAAGGAGGCGCUGCUGCAGGAGCUGCUGCUCGCGCCGCAGCACAGGCGGCCGCCCGAGGCCGAGGGCCGCCUGCAGGAGGAGCGCCAGCGGCUGGAGGACGACAUCCAACGCGCCCGCGCCUCGGCCGUGCAGGGCGCCCCCGAAAGGCUUCUGCUUCGGGAGAAGAGAAGCCGCCUCCUGAUGCAGCUGGAAGAGGCCACCCGGCUGACGUCCUACCUGCAGUCGCAGUUGAAAAGCUUGUCUGCCAGCACCCUGACAGUGUCCUCGGGCAGCAGCCGUGGCUCCCUGGCGUCCAGCCGCGGCUCCCUGGCGUCCAGCCGCGGCUCCCUGAGCUCCGUCAGCUUCACCGACAUCUAUGGCCUCCCUCAGUACGACAAGCCGGACGCAGAGGCGGGGCAGCUGCUGAGCUUCGACCUGAUCCCCUUGGAUGCCCUGGCCCGAGACGGCGCCUUCUCGGAUGCCCUGGGCCCCGCCGGCCUCUAUAAGCAGAGGCGCUCCCUGGACACGCCCCAGUCGCUGGCGUCCCUGUCUUCCCGCUCCUCCCUGUCCUCGCUGUCCCCGCCCAGCUCGCCCCGCGACACAGCCUUCUUCCCCGCUGCGCGUGACUCGCCCUUGGCCCAGGUGGUAGAUGGUUUCGAGGUGCCGGGCCUGAGUGCCCUAGAGAGACUGCGGGCUCAGGCGUGUGCCUUUGGGGAUGAAGACCCACAGGCCACCGUGGCCCUGCAGCCGCACGUCUUCCCCGGGGAAGGGGACGGGCCUCGAGAGCGGGGAGCCCAAGUGACCGCCCCUGCCAUGGGCACAAGUGCGACAGUCACUCUCCGCGGGGACAGUGCACGGCGGCUGGAGCGGAGGACGCGUCGCACCUCGGCCUGUGUGUCGGCGCACUCGCUGGCCAGCGACAGUGGGGUCUUUGAACCGCCACCCAGGAGGAGUGAAGAUGCCGAGGAGCCGGCGCGUGGGGAAGCUGCGGCGCCCGAGGGACCCCAGAUCCACGUGGGGUUUCUGCACGACAGCGCCGCCGAGUGUCUCCUCGUGAAUGUGCUGCAGCUCAAGAACCUGGAGCGGCUGCAGGCGCCUGAGCGCAGGAUCCAUGUCCGUGUCUACCUGCCCCCGCUGGACUCCAGCGCACCCAGCACCUACUGCUCCAAGGCCCUGGAGUGCCAGCGGCACCUGGUGUUCAAUGAGGUGUUCCGCAUCCCCGUGCCCGCGGGCGCCAGGGCCGUGAGGUCGCUGCAGCUGUAUGUGUGCUCACUGAGCCCUCAAUUGCAGGAGGAGCUAUUGGGCAUUGCACAGAUCAGCCUGGCGGACUAUGACACGUGCAGUGACAUGCAGCUGCGCUGGUGCCCCGUGCAGGUGUUCAGCGGCCCCGAGCGCACUGCGGAGCCUGCGGCCCCGGCCGCCAGCGCCGCCGCCGAGAAGACGGACGCAGUGACCGUGCUGCUGGCCAGAACCACGGCCCAGCUGCAGGCGGUGGAGCGGGAGCUGGCCGAGGAGCGCGUGAAGCUCGAGUGCACGGAGGAGCAGGCCGAGGCCGUGUCCGAGAGGAGCUGGCAGGCGGACUCCGUAGACAGUGGCUGCAGCAGCUGUGCCCAGACCAGCCCUCCGCACCCGGAGCCCUGCUGCGUGGGGGUCGACGCCACCCAGGCCCCCAGUCUGGCCGCCCAGGCAAACCUUUACAGCCCCAAGAAACUCCAGCCCCUGCCUCUUAAGGUCGACAAGGAGACCAACACGGAAGACCUCUUCCCAGAAGACGCGGCGGGGCUGCCCAAGGAGCGGCCGGGCCGCAGGGUGCGCGGCUCACCAUUUGUCCGCAGCGGCACCAUCGUCCGCUCACAGACCUUCUCGCCCGGGGCCCGGAGCCAGUAUGUCUGCAGACUUUAUCGUAGUGACAGUGACAGUUCAACGCUGCCCCGGAAGCUGCCCUUUGUCCGAAAUACUCUAGAAAGACGAACCCUUCGCUAUAAACAGCCGUGCAGGUCGUCCCUGGCCAAGCUGAUGGCCCGCACAUCGCUGGACCUGGAGCUGGAUCUCCAGGCGUCGCGCACCCGGCAGCGGCAGCUGAGCGAGGAGCUGGGCCUGCUGCGGGAGCUGCGCCAGCGCCUGGAGGACGCCCAGCUGCGUGGCCACGGCGACCUGCCGCUCUGGGUGCUGCGGGACGAGCGCUUCCUGUCUCUGCUCAAGGAGGCCGAGCGCCAGACAAGACAGAGCCAACUUGACUUCCACGAGGAGCAGGCGGCCGAGAAGAUGCUGAAGAAGGCGUCCAGGGGCGUGUGCCAGCUGCGCACGCAGAGCCACGACGAGCCCAUCCGGGUGCAGACCUUCAGGGAGAAGAUCGCAUUUUUCACAAGACCAAGGAUCAACGUGCCGCCUCUGCCUGCCGACGAUGUUUGAUGUGGUGCUUUGUACACAUGACAUAUUUAUCUGCCUGUUUUAUCCAUGAAUUUCUUAGACUAGCUAAACUUUGUCUUAAGAAUAUUUGCGCAAAGCUAUUGAUAUACACAUUUUGUAAAAACAAAAUAAAACGCAUAUAUCUAUACCUAUAUAUUUUGUACUAGUGACGACAACAGGGCCUGGUUUUUCCUUGUUGUCAAAUGAACAUCUCUGAGGACAGGUUAUUUUAUAAGAGAUCAGCUAUUGUGUUCAGAAUGUACAGUUUUUAUGCUGUUUUAUUUGACUUAAAGGCUGGAAGAGAGAAAACGAAGUGAGUUCAGGCAAAUUCACUGUAUUGUAAUUUAUUUAUAGUCCUUUUUUUCCUUGAAGGAAAAUACCAAUUUUAUGAUGUGUCUUCAGACUGACUUUUGUCCUUCAGUAUCUGUCACGCUGUGGAAUGGGACUUGGAGGCCGGUGUUUGGUUCCAGACCCCGGGAAUGCAGGCACUGUACUCCAUUGGCCAUGCCCGUAGCUUCCCCCACAUGCAUGUGUCAUGUAUGUCGUCCUCUUGCACAUGCUUCAUCUUCACCGAGGUGCCUGCUGCAGCACUUCAGUGGCCAGGCCUUAGGUUGGCCUGCACCCCACUAGCCUCCUGCCUCUCGGCUGUCAUCCCCGAUGCAGCCCCUCGAGGCCCUGACCACAGUGGGGCCCACACUGCCAGAUCGUGGGUGACACCGCCUUCAGGGCGUGGCGAUCAAGAAGGUGUCCCCUGUCACGAAGGCCAGGGAAAGAGGACACAAUGAGUGGGUGACUCUGCCAGUGACAGCACAGGACCCCAGGGACUGGCUAACCUUCGAAGGAAGCACGUGGGUAACUCGGGUACCCACUUCCAGAUGAGUCUUUGGUCCCCUGCAGCGGUUUCCGGCCUGGUGCCCAGGUCUCUGUGGAAAGGCUGGAGCCACUGGCCUGCCAGCGUUGGUCAGGAAAGCUUAGAAGCAGUGCACGAGGAGCAUGGUUCGGCCAGUCACGAGCAUGCCCUGACUCUGCAGAUGCUAGAACUUUCUCCCAAUGCCUGUCUGUGAGAGACGGAAUUUCCUCACCUGGGAAGCCCCAGGCCAGGGACUGGAAAAAGGGACCCUCUCACCAUGCUCUUGUGACCCCUGCUUUGGAAGUACCCCCUUUUAAUCGCUCUGUUCCCUCCUCAGUCCCCUGUUGACACUUACGAAAACUGAAUUUGUAAAGCAUUUCAUCGACACAUGACCUGUCACGGACAAAGGAGUUUGUCAGUGCUGGUACGACGGAAACGGCUUCCCCUGCGGCGCCAUCCUCACCACAACGCUUGAUGGCCACCGGUGGAUGGGGAGGGAGACACAGACCACUGGUCCUCGCCAGAACUGCCCGCAGCACCCCCGCGCCCCACUGCUGACCUGCUCACUCUGACUGGCUGCCCGGGACGCGUGCCGGCCACACACAGAUUCCUGGGACGGGGAAGAUGGCCGAGGCGACUUCUCUGGCCAGCCGUGUCCAGGGGAGUCUGGGGGAAGCUGCUGACGAGCUUCAGGGAGAUCCAUCGCCCCUGCUUUGGGGCCAGCCCCAGGGCCCCGGCCUUCCAGCUCUGCGUCCCUGCGUCCCUGCACGUCUGUUCGUCCACUUGAAGGAGGCCCCUUCCGGCCCGCGCAGACGGCUGCACCCGGGCUCGGCCCCUGUUCGGAAAGUGGAGGCCCAGGGACUGUCCUCAGCCUGGCUGGGCGGGAGGGGGCCCGUGCCCGGGACUUGUGUGUGGGCGGUGUGUUCGAAUCAGGGCUCACCUCUGCUUUUGCCUCUGUCCUCUCGACUUGUGUCAUUUGUCUUGUUUCCGAGUCUUCUGUAAAAUUAAACUAACCUGCCUUAACAGCAACGUGAGAGGUAUGAUUUUUAAAACUCACUUUCCUGAAACGCUUAGGCAGACAGUCAUGCAUGAUACAGAGCUAGCCGUCAUUCACACACUGAUGCUGCCCAGUCAGACUUGCUAGUAUGUUUCAAAAACCAUUUCUGUUUAUGAAUUAUUACUAAUAAAUGUUUGAUUUGUA